UUGAUUGAAACAACAACAAAUCUCAGGGUGUGCAAUUUUUCUUAGAAGGGUACGUAGAACGAUUUGUGGAAAAAGGAAAAAGAGCCAUUUAGGCAGGGGAAGUAUGCACAGAUGCAUGAAGAGUAUAAACAGACGUUUAACUUCACCGUCGACCACAAGCAAGAUCUGUGGAGCCAUCAGCAGAGCGGAGAACUGCUUGUUUUUCUCUCACCAAAAGACGCAGGAACCUCCUCUGAAUCAUCCAAGUCCCCCCACUCUACCUCAGAAUUUGAAAAUGACCCCCCUGUGAUCCAACUGGACGAUGUGUUCUGGAAAGACAUGCGCACUUUGUGUGAAGAAGUGAGGGAGGGGGUGAGGGAGCAACUGUCUUUUGCGCCACUCAGAAUAUCUCUAUGGGACAGAUACACUUGUGGAAAAAAGAGUGGAUCAUGUUGGGAACCCUGGGUUUGUUACGGUGGACGAAACAAAUCAGUGGUUUCCGAUUAUGAAGCAGAGGUUAGACAGUUUUCAAGCAACACACGAUUAACCAAUCCACUCCUGGAAACUGUAUGGCUGGAUGUAGCUGGAAAUGAAAAGAAAGACUUUGAAGGGGUAGCAACCAAUCAGAAGGGUUCGGAUGUUUCAAAUGUGACGAGAAUCGGAGUGGCAGUUAAGAGUGCUCGGAAUAUUCUGCUUGCCUGGCAUUACUACCCUGAUGAAGUGGGAUACUAUUGGGACUUGAAGACCUACGAGAACAUUCUUCGAAGUCCCAAAGUCUUUGGUGGAUUUGGUUUGGAGUGCUGCGAGGUGCAUAUCUUCAGCAGAGUCGCAUUUUUCAAACAGGUGGAUGAAAGUGUCAAAGCCCAAUUGCCUCUGUUCAUCAUGACAGUAGUGUCCAUAGUUGGACUUUGUGUAGCCCUCAACUGGAAACACAGCUGGAUCCACUCGAGAGCCACUCUGGCCAUAGCUGUCAUCCUCGCCACUUUCAUGGCCAUAGGCAAUGGACUGGUGACUGGAAUGCACCUGGGGAUCCCCUUCAUCGCCCUGGUAUCCCUGACUCCCUUCAUCAUACUGGGAGUGGGCAUAGACUCCGGACUCAUCCUCAUCCGCGCUUGGUCCACCGAGGACUCGGUUGCCGAUGUUGAUAGAUCAACUGGACGGUCGAUUCUUCUGGACCCUGUGGAGAGAACCUCUAGGACCAUCGGGAAGACCUUCACUUCAAUUUUCAUGUCGGAUUUGACAAGCAUUCUUGCUUUUCUGAUCGGAUCCUGCUCCCAGUUCCCGGCUGUCAAUUACGCAUGUCAGUAUCUCACAUUGUGUCUACUGUAUCUGUUCAUUCUGGAGUGCACCUUCUUGACAGCAUGUCUCGUGUUGCAUAACAAAAGAGUGGACGAUGGUAGACAUUGUGUGUGUUGCUGGGAGACAGUGACGGAAGGGGAGGAGCAAGUGAUGCUUCCCUGCUAUCCCCGCUUUGAUCUCGCCAACACCAAAGACAACACUCUCGAGAGAGACCUGUCCAAGAUGUUUGGCAAACUUGUCUCCAGUCUCUGGCUCAGAUGCUCCAUCCUUCUGUUUACAGCUGCUCUUGUAACGUUUUCUUCUUAUCAUUUGUACCACAUGACAACAGGAGCACCUCCAGACGCGUUCCUUCUAGAGCAUUCCCAACUCAAAUCGUUCCUCUCACUCGAUGUAUCAGUUAGCCGAUUUCCUACCUCGCUCGCAGUUGUAAUUGAGAGUCCGAUUGCUUACUGGGAUAAACGUGACGUGGAAAAGGGAAUUAAUUUAACUUUAGGUUCCCCUUAA